AUAUAGACCGUAAAUAAAUAUGGAAACACAAGUAGUAAAUGAGAGAGAAAUCAAUUUGAGAAGGAAACACUGCGAUUCUAGGGAUUCAUCUUCCUACCGUCAACAAUACUGUUUCUGAAUUUAAGACGAUUGUUUACGCACAAAUUGAAACCGUUUCUCGAAAUUGUCUGUUGAGUUUCUCAAAAAUGCUUAUCGAAGAAAUUAGGGGUGAUGCUGAGGCGGAAAUCCGUGUUCUUAUUGUUGACAGUGACCCAAAAUGCAUAGAAAUAUUCGAAACUUUACUCAGGACACGCCACUAUAAUGUCACUACAACGAACCAGGCAAGUGUCGCAUUGAAGAUGAUUAGGGAAAAUAAAGACGGAUUAGACUUGGUGAUUAGUGAUGUGCACAUGCCCGACAUGGAUGGCUUUAAGCUUCUAGAACUUGUUAAUUUCAAAAGGGAGGAUCCACCAGUCAUCAUGAUGUCAGUAAGUAGUGAUCCUAAGCAUUUAAUGAAAGUGACUAACGAUUUGAGGAAGCUUUGGGUUGAACAGCUGAGUGAUUUUUGGCUGUAUAUAACAAGUAGAAAGAAGUUCGACUCUAUGAACCAGAAUAGAUCCAGUGAUCAAACCAAAGCUCAUCACUCAAUUGGAGAAGAAUCUACUGACCAAAUGGGUAAAUUGGAUAGUAAAAGAAAUGAUAAUGAAUAUGAAGACAAUGGGGCAGAACAUAAAUUCCGGACUGGCUGGCCUAUAGAGGUUCACAGGAAGUUUGCCGAAGCAGCUAAACAGUUGGGACCGGGAUUUUAUGAGGCCUCUCCCAAAGAAAUUCUGGAGAUGAUGAACGUCCAAGGCAUUACCCUGGAAUGUAUGGCGAACCAUCUCCAGGCAAUAAUCUUUCUCGAUCUAUGUUUUCUAUUUUAUUCUUCAAAACUACCUAUAAUCAGGCGCUCAUCGUCUACUCUAUUCUCCCUCUCGAAUCUUUUUGCAUUUUAGAGUUUAAGAAAAUUAAUCUUCCAUUUUAAUAAUAAUUCUUGUAAUUAUUCUUACUUUUUUUGGUUGGCCUGUAGAUGUUUAAGCUUGCCUUGAAAAGAAAGUUUAGGAAUGCUUACUCUCCUCCAUCAAAGUUCUAGGAACUCUCUUUAAGACUUCAUCAAUAAACUGCUGUAGAUUAUAUUUAAAUCUGAAUUGAGUAUGUUAAGUUCCGGUCAUAGAGAGACCAUUUUGCUGCUA